AUGGUGGCGGCUCCGUGCGCUCGCAGGCUGGCCCGGCGCUCGCACUCGGCGCUCAUCGCGGCGCUCACCGUGCUGCUCCUGCAGACCCUGGUGGUGUGGAAUUUCAGCAGCCUGGACUCCGGCGAGGAGCAGCGGGCCGGCGGCGGCCGGGAGAAGCGGGACCGGGGCGGCGGCGGCGCCGGUGAGAGCAGCGACCACCGGGCGCAUCAGCACCGCAGAGGACCUGCUGCAUUCCACAGCAAGGCGCUGGACCAGCCACCCCGUCCCUACACCGGCUUGGAGACCCAGGAUGGUUAUUUUUCCCACCGGCCAAAAGAGAAAAUGCGAACAGACAGCAAUAAUGAAAACUCUGUACCCAAGGACUUUGAAAAUAUUGAUAACAGUAACUUUGCUCCCAGGACUCAGAGGCAAAAAUACCAGCCUGAACUGGUGAAGAAGCCUCUUAGCAAGCAGAAGGAGCACUUGAAAAAGAAACUCGAGCAAGAAGGAAAGGUGAAGGAGAACUCACUCCUGGGGAAGAACUCCAAUGAAGUGCUUCAGUUCAGCCAUCAUGCUGUAAAGAAUAGCAGCAGCAGCAGCAAUUUGAAGGAGAUUCACAGGUCUCCCAGACAGCCUCAUUUAAAAAGGAGUGGGAACAGCUCCCCUGAAAUAAGAUAUGACCAGCCACCAAAAUGUGAAAUAUCGGGCAAGGAGGCAAUUUCAGCUCUGUCUCGGUCCAAAUCCAAGCACUGUCGGCGGGAGAUUGCAGAGAUAUACUGUCAACACAAGCAAGGAAAGCUGAUGCCUGAGAAGGUGAUGCGUUUGUGUCCCCUGGAUGGAAAAGCCAACAACAAUGUACUAUGGGAUGAGGACUCCGUAGAAUACAUGCCUGCCAACCCAGUCAGGAUCGCAUUUGUCUUGGUUGUUCAUGGCAGAGCUUCUCGGCAGCUCCAACGCAUGUUUAAGGCUAUUUACCAUAAAGACCAUUUCUAUUACAUUCAUGUUGACAAGCGAUCCAAUUACCUACACCGGAAAGUGCUCCAGUUUGCUAGCCAGUAUCCGAAUGUGAGAGUCACCCCUUGGCGAAUGGCAACUAUCUGGGGAGGAGCAAGUCUUCUGUCCACUUAUCUACAGAGUAUGAGGGAUUUAAUUGAGAUGAAUGACUGGCCCUGGGAUUUCUUCAUUAAUCUUAGUGCCGCCGACUAUCCCAUCAGGACAAAUGAUCAGCUAGUAGCAUUCCUGUCCAGGUAUCGCAAUAUGAACUUCUUGAAGUCGCAUGGGAGGGACAAUGCAAGGUUUAUUAGAAAACAAGGUCUGGACAGGCUUUUCCUAGAAUGUGAUACACACAUGUGGCGCCUUGGAGACCGGAAAAUCCCAGAAGGAAUCACUCUGGAUGGAGGAUCAGACUGGUUCCUAUUGAACAGGAAGUUUGUGGAGUAUGUCAUCUUUUCCAGUGAUGAUCUGGUGACAAAGAUGAAGAGGUUCUAUUCGUAUACUUUGCUUCCCGCUGAGUCCUUCUUUCAUACUGUCCUGGAAAAUAGCCCUCACUGUGACUCCAUGGUGGACAACAAUUUGCGCAUCACUAACUGGAACCGUAAACUGGGCUGCAAAUGUCAGUACAAGCACAUUGUUGAUUGGUGUGGCUGCUCUCCUAAUGAUUUCAAACCAGCAGACUUCCACAGAUUUCAGCAAACCGCCAGGCCAACGUUCUUUGCCCGCAAAUUUGAAGCCGUGGUGAAUCAAGAAAUCAUCGGCCAGUUGGACUAUUAUUUGUAUGGUAACUACCCAUCUGGCACGCCAGGCCUCAGGUCGUACUGGGAGAAUAUAUAUGAUGAGCCCGACGGCAUCCAUAGCCUCAGUGAUGUCAUUCUGACCAUGUAUCACUCAUUUUCCCGCUUGGGCCUAAGGAGAGCUGAGACGUCAUUGCACACUGAUGGAGACAACAGCUGCCGGUACUAUCCCAUGGGCCAUCCAGUUUCAGUCCAACUCUACUUCCUCGCUGAUCGUUUUCAGGGCUUCCUAAUCAAACAUCAUGCAACAAAUCUGGCUGUCAGUAAACUAGAGACUUUGGAAACUUGGGUGAUGCCAAAGAAAAUGUUUAAGAUUGCUAGUCCACCAAGUGAUUUUGGAAGGCUGCAGUUUUCAGAGAGAGACUCGGGGAUGCGGGAGGAAAGGGCACUGCAGCUCCAGAUUGAGGUGGACUGUGUGAUGGAGCCAGCUCUUUUCUCUAGCCUGUGCUAUUCAAUCCUCCCUCUCGUGAGCACCCUGAAAAAAUUAAAAUUUGGAAAAGUCGGGGAUUAUGGACACCGCUGGGUACCUGUAGCUGAAACCAAAUUCCUUGUUACUCCUCUUACAUUCUCCAACAGGCAAUCUAUCAAACAAGAAGAAUCCAUGAAGUUGCAUAGUGGGCCUCCUAAGAACGCAUACAUGGAGCAGAGCUUCCAAGGCUUGAAUCCAGUUUUAAAUAUUCCUAUCAAGGCAGCUCAAGUGGACCAGGCAAAAAAGAAUGCAGCGCUCGUAGGUACCAAGUUGGAGAACUGGGUGGACACCUUGGUCAGCAGCAUAUGGUCAGCGGUGGAUGUCUGUAGCACAGGUCCAACUUCCUGUCCAGUCAUGCAGGCUUGCAGUCAAACAGCCUGGAGCUCUCUGAGCCCAGACCCGAAGUCAGAGCUGGGUCCCAUUAAACCUGAUGGGCGUUUGAGGUAGCAUCUGGUAUACCCUUCUUUGGCACAGAUUUUAAAAGAGAAUUUAACCUUGCUUAUAUAUGAAUCCGACUACAGAUUCCAAAACCUCGAUGAAACUUUUUGUUGUCUAUUUCUCAUCUCUAUAUAUAAUUUUUAAAAAUCUGGCAAAAUCUUUGGCAUUGUUUCUCCUUCAGAUCCAUCGGUCUAAGCUUCAGUAGCACUGUGCAUCUCCUCUGUAUCUUUUAUAGCGUCACAACCUUACUUCAUUCACUUUGUAUCUAAAAGGCUCCAACAUUUUCUUGCUCCGAUUAUGAAAUGGUAACAUGGCACGUCUGGUAUGUUCAGAGGGUAAAAAAGGAGCAGCUGCUAAAAAUACCUUCAGUCAAAAACACCUAUGUAUAUUUUGAAUAUUUUACAUUUUAAUUAUUUUGCUAACAUAAAUAACCAGAAACUCCAAUAUAUCUUUCAUGAGAAGAAUGAUCUAUAAAAUAUGGUCAAAAUGUUUUACAAGAUGUAAAAAAAUUGGGACACACCCUGACUAAUGUUGAGAAAUUCUAGGCUUGAUUCAUCAUUGUGUUAACUCCAAUUUCAGACCAGAGUGCAUCACACUGGCAAAGAAACCAGACUAACAGAGUGGUGAAUUAGGUUUCCUCUCUCUUUUUAGAGGUGAGACAUUCUCAUCUAUUUGAUGAUCUCUGAACAAAAUGAGUGUUCUAAAAUUAUAUAUUUUAUUCCUAUUAUGAUUAGUCAUCAGUCAUCACAAGGGCUGAGCACCACUUGCAGUAUUAAAAACAAGUAUUCUCAUUGCCCAAAGUCCAGAUUCUUGUCCCCAUUGAAAUCUGCAUUUUAAAAAAAUCCACGCAGAACACCAUCUGCAUAUAAGCGGAUGUGCAAAUUCCACAUACAUCAGGGGGUUUGUGCAUGCAGCUUGUAUGUGUGGACGCUCAGACCCAGGCUGUGAUACUCACAUGGCAGCAUACCCUUUUCCAUGAGUAGCUUGAUUGGGUUAAAAGGGCCAACUCACAGUGUAAGAUUCUACUCUGAGUUAGUCAAAGUGGCAGAAUCUGGCCCUUUAAUUAUUUUGGUUUGGAAGCUUUUCCAUUGAUUUCAGUGGGCGAAAGACUGGGACCUAAUUAUGCAGCAAGCUGAUUCUGCACUAUUUUAAGUAGUGGCUAACGAGUCUAACACUAAUUGCCUCUAUUGGUCCCAGACCUGCCAACAUUCACGAAGAAGGAUAGUUUUGAGAUUGCAUGGUACAUCUGGAAUGUUGUGGUGAGUGGCACCUUGAGUGUAAUGGAGAUUCCUGACUGAAGCCAUGAAUUGAAUGAAGGAGAGCAAAUGCCAUUCUUCAGAGUGCUUUUAUUUUAUUUAUUUAUUUUUUAUCAACAAGCUCUAAUCUUGCGUGUAUUGACCCUUUUGACUCUUUGGCAGACUGCAUCCUGUUUUAAAUACGGAUGUGAUAUAUCAUUUGAACCUGAGUUUUCAACACUGAAAAAAAUCCAAUUUUAAAUUCUGAGGACUUUUAAAAAUGUUUUUCUUGUAUGCAAAUUCAUCUCCAGCUGAAGCAUUUUGCAUGCAAUGUGCACUUUUAUUUUGUGGUCCCUUGAGUACAAUGUACCCGGAAACUUCAAGGAACCUUGAUGGGUUUAAUUAUAAAAUGCCCUGUUAAUUUAAUAAAGUAAGGCGUCUGUUUUCCCUUCUGUGGCAUGUAUAACUUUCAUUACAGCUAAUGAGAGUUAAGCUCACACAUCGGGGGGAAAUAGACCCUUAAAUCUUUUCAUAACCACAUAUCACAAAAAAAGGUUGAAUUCUCUUUUAAAUAAUGGUUGCAAAAUGACCAUAAAACAGAGAUCUCGAUGGCUUGUUAUAUUUUUCUCCAUUUGGUUUAAAGCUCCUGCAGUUUGCUUUGGACUUGAAAUUGCAAUGUCAGCUGUGCUGGCAUUAAGGCAGAGCAUUUAAAUGUUUAUCUGGAACAAAGGUGGAUACAUAGGAGGAACAGUUUAGAUAUUUAUUUUUUAUGUUUUAGUCAAUGACUAAUUAGUAGGUGCUGCUUUUGCAGCUUGAAGAUUUUAUCUUACUAACUAAAGCUGCCUUUAUUAAGAAAAGGCCUUUUCCUCCUCAGACCUCCUUUUCUUUCUACCCUCUUGAUUUUGACAGUCUGGGAUCUGUAGUUCUAGAAAAGCUUGUAGUUAUUAGAGCUGGUUGGAAAGUUUCUGUCUAAACAAUGUUCCUGUUUUUCAGCUGGCUCUAGUGGUGAGUGUGUUCAGACCAACAUUGUCAACAGGUUUAUAUAAUAGAAACACUUCUCUUUCAGUGCUUUUUUAAAAAUAAUAGUUUUUAUCUAACAUUCCAUCACAAAUGUCAAAUCUCCAGGGGACCACUAAUCUCCGCUAUGAAUUUAGGGUUUUAGCCACAUUGACCCAAUGGGAAUUGCAAUGGCUAAAGCCCUGCAGAUCAAGUGGAGAUUAUCACAUUCAGUCAUGGAUUAGGGUAUAAAUAAUAAGAUUCAUCCACUCUGCUAGUCUUUAGAUCAUUCCAGUUAAAUCUGCUGAUGAAUUCAUGAGAUCUGGACUCUUGCGCACACACUCACACAGAGAUAACCAGGUUUUUAAAUUUGAUACCUUUUUUAUUAUUAAGAAGGAGUGUUUUUUUUUAAUGCUUUGUUGGGAAGUUCUCGUUAUUAAAUUUCUCAAAUAGAAGUUGGAAACAAUCCAGUCUCUCUUUUAUGGAUAGAACAGUAGCCACCACUUGUAUCAUUUAAAAUAUAACAGAUUCAAAGGACUUUGUUUUAGUUCCUAUUUCACAAUUUUAAAAAAAAAUUGUUGCUGACAUAAAUUUUAUGCUAUGUUGUAAACAUCUCAAAAGAAAUAUUUUAUAGUGUUUUAUUUUCUAAAUAACAAAAAGAGUCUAUAUGUAUAAUAAGUACUGUAGCAAGCCGGCAAUGCCAGUGCUACUAUUAAAUACUAGAAGUAAAAAUCAAGGGUCAGAUCCCUGCAGUCCUUCUUAGGCAAACUUCUGUGGAUGGAUGAUUCUGAGUAUGGUCUUUAGACUCAAGCCCAGCAUAACUGAAAGUCUGACACUGGGCUAUGAGUAAAGUCUGUAUGUGUUUAAAAGCAGCAGAGAGUGAGACUCUUCAAGAGCUUCUCAGUUCACAGCAUUAUUUGAGGUGGGUGUCAAGCUUUACACCCAAAUGACCACAUUCUACCAUAGCUAUUAAGUUGCAGAUACAGAGGUAUAUAAAAUAUAUUGGACGGUAUGUCAUAAAGUUCUAUAAAUUAUGAAGUGAAAAAUCAUGGCAAGCAAGACUGUUUCCAUUUGCGAACAGAGCCUGCCCCAAAAUUAUUGCUAAGGCAGUACUGCUAAGAUCUAGGUGCUGCUCAGUGGCUUUUCUGGUUCUAAAAUAGCAGACACUUGAUACCUGUGAUGAACAUUAUGUCUUGUUAGAAGAGAAUAACUUCCACAGAUCUUACAUUUGGUAAAAAGGAGAAUUCAAAGCAGGGAGCCACAGUUUAUAUGAAACAAACAAGUUAUACAUGUGUUCAUUUGAAAGUUCUAGUAGUAUUUUCAGAGCGUGCUGGCUAGUGAUAUUUUAUAAGAUUCCAUUUGAAAGCCAGCUGUGACCAUAUGCCUUCCAUGGGAGAAGAGUGUAUUUCCAUAUGCACAUAUGGAGGGGAGGGUAUUUCCAUAUGGACUGUGUGGAGUGAUGUGCUCAUUUAAACACCACGCCCCUGCUGCUAGAUUAGAUAGACGUGCGACACUUGUACAAUCAACCAGCCUGAUUCAGGCCAGAAAGAAAUGUGGCAAAAUGCAGAACAUCUGCAUAAAUUUUUUUAUGAAUUAAAUCCAAAGUCAGUCCUAGUGAUAUGCAGACCUGUUUAUGUGGUGAUAUUAUACCCUGAGGCUAACAGAGAUUAGUUCAAAGGACAGUUUAUUUUCUAGAUGUGGACCAAUUCUUUUUAUUUAUAAAAUUUGACUGGAUAUGGAGUAAUAAUAUUUAUAUAGUAGGUUUCUGAUGUGUGAUAUUUUUAGUAUUAAAAUCACAUCCUCAUUUUUGUUCUAUAUGGAGGGCUGAAGGGACAGAGUAUACUAACAAUUUUCUCAUUGGCAAGUACUACUAUAAGCUAUAUCUCUGUUGCUAAGUCUAGAGAGCUAGGUGUAUACAGUAGGGUAUAACAGAUUAACUUUCCUAGAUACUGGCUUUAACGCAAAAAAUCUUGCAAAUACCGUUGCUUUAAUGAUAUAUUAAUGGUGAUCCUGUAACACCUUCCAAAGGAUCAGCUAAUGUAUAGUCAGCCUCUGGCCAGCUUUUACAAAUCUAAUGGUACCAGUAACAUCACAAUCCCUUUUAUUCACUAUUAUAGGGAAGAGGGCGUUAGAGUCAGUAAUUCAAACAAAGAACUGAGAAAAUCCAAAGCCUUCAAAAGGAGGUAAUGCAGGGUAAAGUAAAAACCAAACCUUAGAAUAAGCUUGAGACAAAACUGGAUUUCUAUAUUGCAACAAAGGGGAAGCUAAACUCCUUCUUGUCUAUUUCACUCUAAGGCUCAGGAGCACUGCAUUAUGGGAUCUUGGUUUUGACUUUUCUGAUUAAAAACAAACCCCAGCUUUUUAUUUUGUUUGGACUCUAUGGGGCAAAUCUCCAUUGAUUCCAAUGGCAGCUACAGCCCUUACACCAAGAUUUAAUCAGGUCCCGCAGCUGGGAGCGGGCUUCCCAGCACAGGUAGACAGACACACACUAGUUCUGCAGUGUGGCUGCAGCAGUUCGGGCUAACCACCCAUGUUCAUACCCAGGGGGUCAGGCAGGUUUGUACUCAGGUUGCUAGCCCAAGCUGCCACCUGUGCCACCAUGGCCAC